UUUUCUUUUCUAAUGGCGAAAAGAGAGAGAGCAGGGAGGCAAAGCAAACGGAACAACCUUCCAUUGCAGGAAUGUCUAGCGUAACUUCUCUCAAUUCAGUGUCCACCAGUUGUCUUGUAACGCAAUUCCCAUCAUGUGCGGUCACCCUGGCACGUUGUACCCAGUGCAUCUGGAAGGCACCGGAUUACGGGCGAGAUGGCCGCAGCGGUGCUUGGGAGGAAACAAAGGAUCCAAGAGAAAGCGGAGGGAAAAUUAAUCUGAACCCCCUCGAAUCCCUUUCGCCUGAAAAGUUUAAGAAAAUUUCAUCAGAAAAGCGGCGACUCUUUCUAAGAGAAAACUCGAGUUUACACUCAUUCCUUGUGAAUCCCGUAGCUUGGAGGUUUUCGUUCUCUUGCUAAAGAAAACAAAAACCCUUGACCCAGACUAAUUUGUUGACCACCGGCAUUUGGAGAUACGCGAAGCCACUAGCAGGUUAAACUCACCGAAUGGACUUCCAGAAAAAAUUGCAAGCAGCAUUACGGGUUUUUUAAAAAACUAAUUUGGCGCCCCGAAUUCUUUGGGAAUUGCAAUCCAUCUGCAUCUGAAAGAGGAAGACCUUUAAAUUGCCUAAAUUACAAUCCUGUUUGCUUCUACUAAGAAGGGUAUCCAGUUAUAUGUUAUGAAACAUCCAUGUAUAAAUUCAUGCAAUACGUUGCAUGGUUGCAAUUUUAAAAUUGCUGUAUUUGGAAUGGUGGCUAUCUUCCUACAGCUUGCUUUUAGGCACAUCUUCUGCAUAAAAUGUACAAUAUGCAGUAUUAUUGACACCAACAAGUUCAUUUAACACAAACUAUCGCAUGUCCACAUUAACCCUUAAGACUCUCAAGAGGCCUCUAGAGUUUUCUAGAGUUGCAAAAUGUUGUAGGAUUGUAGUUUUUAAUGCAAAUUAAUUAUUAACUAUAAGCAGGAAAAUACCAUUACUCCAGAACAGAGAGACUUUUUAUUUGCUUCAUUAUUACCCCAAAUUGGAAAUGGAAAGUUUCCUAUAUAAUUAAAAAUAUUGUUGACUUUGAUCAACAUGAAAUCAAAAGUCUUCAUGCAUUAGCACAAUAAGGACAUUGCUGAUUAAAAUUAAAGUGAAAGCCUUACUGCUUUGUGAUAAUAAUAGUUGGAUAACAUGUAAUCAAGUAAAUUAAAAUCCUACUUUACAGAGCAGGCAUAUAUUACAUAUCCAUCACUGUAAGCUCAUUUGUAUCCUUGGUACCCAUCCUUCCCUCUGGCAAUUAAAAAUCAGGAGAGAGCAGAGCAGAUGCAUCUUUCUCAACAGCUACAGAAUGGAUGAACUUCCUGCCUGCUGCAAACUCCUACAACAUUUUAAAAAUGAGGGGACCAUAUGGAAGAUGGAGGAAAAGACUUCAUGGAUGCCCCAUCUUCUAUCUUAUGUGAGCCCUACUCUUUUCAAACAAGUGCAUGAGCAGAGUUUGCAUGUUUCCCAGGUUUUUUAAAAAAUUCUGUUUCUCCCCUCAGAUAGAGCAAAUUUUAUGUGCACUACCUUAGCUAAGAAACACUAGUAUGGAAAGUUUAUAGGCAAGUAAUUCGAAGUACAGUAAUUGUUAACAAGGCUAAUGUUUUAGUCUUCUGUGAAAUGGCCAUUCUUUUUGGUGAUUUAUAUAAAAUAUUACCUGCUAACAUCACUAUAGAAAAAAAAGUCUUCUAUCUGUUUUGGAUAAUGGAACUGGUACUGUUGAACUACAGCAUAAGUAUACUGUCAACGGUCCCGACUAUCAAACUCAAGAAAGUAGGCACUCUCAGGAACUUUGCAAUCCCAAAGGCACAACUUUAUUGGAUACACAAUUUUGGUACUGACGAAUCAAAACCAACUAUAGUUUUUCCUGUGCAAUGCUUGUACAGUUAAACAAUAGCUUCUCCUCCCCAUAGCACGUUGGUCACGUCCAAUUAUGAAUCAUCCUUUUGUUUUGAGAACAGUUCAUUUCUUUGUUGGACACCUCCAUCUGUGACUUUGGUGGGUCUGGGCUCUCACAGUCUGUUUCUGGAGCAUCUGCAUUCUUUUUCGCCCUUCCCUGCCCCCAGUUCUGUGGCAAAUUGAAUAGCGAUAAGACCCAAACAUUUCAAAAGUGGUUCAACCUUAACAUAUAUUAGAAUCUCCAUGGAUAUUUUAUUAUGUCAGGCUUUAUUUUUGUUCUUGCUCUCCAAAAUUAUGGAAGAAGCAGUACAUUAUAGGGUUUUUUUCUGUGUAGGAUAGUGAAAUUUCAGAUAUUUCUGCAUAUAACUUGUAUAUAGGUAGCAUGCAAAUAACAAGCAAUUGCUCUCAAAUGUACCCUCAUAUUAGCUGCCUUUCUGUGCUGUCUUGUGGUCACUUGUUCAUUUGGAAAUUACUUGAAAUGGAGAUCAUCCUGAUAGCAGGUUUACGACAACUCACCACAGCCAACUCGCCUCACCAACUCGCCAUGGGACAACUGGCCCUGGGACAAGAAUUACACUAACAUCGAAGAACUAGUGGAAUAGAUUCAAGAAAGGAUGCCAAAGGAGGGACAAAACAAAAUUUCGCAGUUACCACUGAUACGUGUACCAAUAGACAAUGGCUAAUUUUUUAUGUCAAGAUAAAGGACCAUGGUAUUUUCAAAAAAUGUAUGCAAGAUAUUGGAAACAUUACAAUGAAGCUAUGGAGUGGAUGUAUAGACAUAAAAACGCUUAUAGGAAAGCUAUGGAAUUAGUAUAUAAUCCAUCACUUCAUCCUUCCGAACAACAUCAACGUUAUUCUGAUUGGGAUGAAAAUGUUCCAGGGAGAACUGGUCCAUCUUCAUUCUCCACCUCAGACAGCAAACCACGGCGUCCUCCAAGACCUCAGGAUGGCCUGCAUUAUGUCAGAAAAAGGAGAGCAGCAGAGAAAGAUUCUGAAACAAAUUCAGAAUCUGAAAGUGAAGAGGACAUAGAAUGUGAUCUUGACAACAUGGAAAUUACAGAAGAGCUCCGUCACUAUUUUGAGCAGACUGAGAGACACCAGGAAGAACUACGAGUGAAAUAUCUGCUACUACCUAGGAUUGAACGCUCAACCUUCCAAGUAGGAAGGAAACAGAAACAGCUGGAGGCAGAACACCAAGAGAUGUAUGUGGAAGCUGACCACAGCCUUCACUUGUCCACAAGCCGGUCAGCUCAACCCCCAGCUGAGAAGCCCGGUGAGAGAAGAAUGGCUGAAAUGAGAAAGCUCUACGGCAAAGGUGCCAACAAAAUACAAGCAAUGGAGACCACCAUGCAACUCAACUUUGAUAGGAAUUGUGAUACAAAACAGCCCAAGUACUGGCCAAUUAUUUCUCUGAAACUCUGAGUAUGCGCCUCUUUUCUUUUUGGGAGAUUCAAAGUUGUAUAUCCUGAUGUUCAAUCAAGUAGAAGGAUUAAGGGAAUGAAUCAAGAGUCAGCAAAAGACCUGUUUAAUUUUCCUUUCCCCUUUCCAGCACAACUUUGAAUUUGUCUGCCAAUUUCCAGAGUCUAUUCCAACUCAACAGGAAAAGCUGAAUCAGUCAUUUGUACAAGGGAUAAGGAAAAUUCUCUUUUAAAGGGUAUUUCAACUAAUUUAAUCUUGGCAUGUGUUAGCCUUGCAGGAAAUGAAGUAACAUUUAUUUUUGUUCAAUUGAGCUAGGGAAAAUGCUAAAACUAUCAAAAUUCAAAGCAUUUUUUAAAAUAGUUUUUAGUGCUACACAGGUUUUUCUGUAGGAUUUUAAAUGCAGCCAUUUUUUUUUUGCAGCCAUUUUUUUUCUUGGAGGCACCUGUAUUAAUUGGACAAAAUAUCUUAAAUUACUGUAAUUUUGCUUUUAGAGAUGAGGUUAAGCUGUAUGUGGAGAAAGUUUCUCUUCCAAAAUGAAAAGUUCGGCUCUAGGGUUUCAAGUCAGAAGCAAGCAUUAUCUGCUUUCAUAGAAGUAACAGAACAAAAAAACCCAAUCAGAUUAAAAUACAUAUUUUUAUUUAUUUUGAAGUUGUAUUUAUCUAAUCAAGAAGAAAAAUAAACUAGACAUGGGGAUGGGGAUGGGGAUGGAAUGGGGAAGGAAAGAGAUUAUAUGUGUGUGCACGUGAUUCUCAUCAUGACUAUAGUGGAACAAAGUUUUAAUUCCAAUCAAGCCAUGUUAUUUCCCCUCCGUGGCUACUGAUUUUUCUCUCUUGUCUUACUUAGGUAUAGCAACUCAAAAUCCAACUUUUAAAAGGUGGUUCAAAACUAACAUUCUUGUUAACUGAGAAAGAGAAAGUCAUACAUAUGCAUAAAUAAAUGUACUAGCUGAUAUCUCUGUCUCGUGUGAAUAUAUGUUAGAAGUUUUAUGGUUUUCAGACAUUUCCUUUGGAUAAUCCUUUUCCUCAACCAGUACCUCCAUAGACACACUAUGCUAGAUCUGAUUAAUUGAAAUAAGAUAUUUGCAUCCUUGCCAUUCAAAUUCUCCUAAUUGGUACAACAUCUCCAUUCAAUGAUCUUCCUUAAAAUGCAUAUUUAUUUCCUUGCAAAAUUAGCAGCUAUAUUAAUAAAGAGCUUGUAUUUUAUCCAUUUCUACAUUCAGAAUAGAAGUUUUAUACAUAGGGCAUUUAGAGAACAUGUGCCAUGAUCUCUUUUCCAAGUUUAAGUUUAUUUUGUAAAAAAAUUAUUUUGUGAAAAUCAGUUUUAUUCAAAAUUUACUUACACAGAUGGCCUUUGUUGUUCAUGUGUAUUUUUCUCUGCAAGUGUUUCUAUCAUAUUUAAGAUUGUUCUAAAUUGACAAGGGCAUUGCUCAAUUAUUUCAACUAUUUUGAAAAGGGCUGUUGUUUCACAGGUAUUUGUAGGUAAAAGAUUUUUUUUCUUUUUUCUUUUAAUAAUGAGUGGAAGCUUACAAAAGACAGUUUGUGGGAUGGCCUCUUCUAAGUGAUAUCUCUCCAUCCCAGACACUCCCGUUAGAGUAGGUAUGUAAUUAAAUGUGAUCCAGAGGUAUGCCUAUUCUGUUGGAAGGCCUGCUCUGCAAAGAUUGCCCUCAGUGGGCCUUCUGAAAGACAGUAAAAACUUAGAUGUUAGGACCAGUAUGAUUGGAAUUACCAUCUGGAAUGUGAGCUGUUGGUUACUUAAUUGAUUCUUAAUUGAAAUUGUUUUAACUUAUUUUGUUUGUAUAUCACUCGGAGUCUCUGUGUUUGAAUUGGACAGGCGUAUGGAUUAUUUUAAUAAACCAAUAGAGAUUUCCUAUACAAUUGUUUGGAUGAAUUAUUGUACAGCAAUUUGCACAAUAAAAUAUGCAUUUGGAAAUACCAUUAGAAUAAUUGUUAUUGUAAGGUUCUCAGAAAGCCUUGUUCUGUUAUUUGGUAAAAAUUCAAAAUGGUGUCUGCUUUAAAAAAAUAAAAGCCAUUUUCCUUUUUUUGUUCA